AUGGAAACGAAUCUUUAUUAUUGUACUCGUACUGGAUGUACGAUUUCAGAGAAAACUAUGGAAGAUGGUAAUAUAACCAAUACCAGAGACGAUAAAAUCGGUUCAGCGUCACUGACGAACUUUUACGUCGAUCGACCCGCAAAAUUGACUACAAACGGGCACGAUUUUGUGGGCGAGCCGUCCAGUCCCCCAGAGUCGUUCUACGACCCAAGGCGAGCCAGCGCUGACGCUUUACAAGAAGAUAAGUUCCGAAAACGCAUUAAUCCAUUACGAAUUCAUCUUGGAAAAAGACCGUUUGUUGACAGUGCUGUUCCUUAUAAUAGUGUGGUCAAAAAGAAAAAGCAUUUUGUGAAUAAGCCAAGUGAAGGUGGUGCAUCCAAACCUUUAGCCCCACGUCCACCUAAACUUUUAUCUAAACGCAAUGACCGUAAUCCAUUUCACAAUGUUACAUCACAAGGAGAUAGCUCGAUGGAAAAUGAACACGACAAACCAGUGCCACGUCUUGUACCUAAGAGCCAACUGUUGCAGUUCAAAAAGGGUAAGACUGAAAAAGGGGCCCAGUUGAAGGAAUAUGCCCAAAGUUUAGGGUUACAGCCUAUGGUGAAAUUCAAGUGUCGGAAAUGUUGUUCCAUGUCAUUCAAAACAUUAGCUAUGUUAAAAGAACAUCAGUUGAUAUGCCGUGCUCAGGCAAAAGAACCUGCAUUGAGUCCAGAGUCUGCUCCAAAUUCUGAUAAUAGUUCUGGUGGUCCUUCAAGAGUUACAAGAAAAGUUUAUUUAUGCUCAGCUUGUGGAACAUACUAUGAAAAUUGGAACCUAUUCCUUCAUAUGAGGGAAGUACACAAUAGACACAUUUGCUUAUUUUGUCUGGGUAUGUUUUCUAAAGCUGAGAAACUAUCAGCUCACUUAACAAACAAACAUAAUGUACAGGAAUUCAACUACAAUAACAAGGAAGAGUUUUUUAGUGUUUACAAUGGGACUUUGUAUUUAAUGUGCUGUGCGUGUGAUGAAAUUUGUAGUGAGCAGGAUGACUUCUUUAAUCAUGAUUGCAAUAAUGUGAAACCUAAACCUGUGCCUGUACUGGUUAGUAAAAAACCUAAUAAUGUAAAGUAUGUCAAAAAUGGCAAUGACACUUCUAAAACCUGUUCAACUAUACUCACUAAAGAGUUAUUAAGGCCCGUUAGUGAUAAAAUUGAAGCCAAUGAUGUAAAACCUGAGACAGUCGCAACCCAUAAGGCUAUGAUAGAAAAUAGUGACUGCGAGCCUGUAAAUAGUGAUACGAGUAUUAGUUCUGAUAGUUUAACUACAACUAGCAAAGCCACAACUAAUGUUAUAGACUCUGUGAUAGGAAAAGAUAGUUCAAAUAUAAAACCUGGGACACCUGAGCAUCGGACUGGCACAUUAGAGACUAAUAGGUCAUACUUGCCGAAUGGCAAUGACAGCAAAGAACAUUCAGAUGAAAAUGAUUCACCACUUCCAGAUGAAAUACAUUCACCAGUGUCACAUCUCCCUGCUAAUGGAGAGGAAAGAAUAACUCAAGCACCUGAGAGAGAAAAAGAGGGUGGCAUCAAAUUGAAAUUAAGUUUAAAUAAUGCAAAUUCUCCUGUAAUUAUUAAUUCUACUGUAGAUCCUACUGUUGGUCAACAAUAUGUUCAAAAGCCACCAUCACGUGUCAGAAGGCCACCAAAAAGAUAUGAAAAAGAUACUCUACGAGAGCUACAGACCCCCACAAGACUACCAUCUAUCAAAAUGACAAUUUGUGAUAAAGCUGACAGUCCUUUUGUGAAAACUACCAUAAUUGAAAAUAACAGAGAAACCACACUCAUGAAUAAUAGUAUAGAGUCAGCUCCAUCAUUAUCUAAUGAUACUGAGCCUAAAGUUGAAAGCACAAUAAAAACAACUAUCUAUGAUAAUAAUUUAGAGGAAAGUAAUACUUUGAACAGGGUUCCAAAGCUUACUGUUAGGGUCCCUAAGGAGUUCUUGGAUAAAGAUUCAUCAAGUGAAUAUUCCUCUGACAGUGAUGCUGGGGAGAAAUUAACUGUAGCUGACCAAAAUAUGGCAGAAGACCACCAAGAAAAAAUUAAAGAGCAAUCCCCAGAAAAUACAAUAAUGGAGGCGAAAUUGCCCAUAGAAGAUACUAAAGUAAAAGAAGAACCAGAACAACAGUUAGAUGAAAAAAUACAAAUCACUGAUGAAAAUAUUCAUCCAGAAAUAGAACCUAAGACUGAACCUAAAGAAGAUAUUUUAAAUGUAGAAGAGUCUUCUGCUACUGAUACCACACCUAUAAUAGAGUUAACAUUAAAUAGACCAUUAGAUAAAUAUCCACUCAAAGAUCUUUUGAAGGUCUUUUUAGCUUCAACAGUUAUCAAUUGUAUUUAUUGCAACCAUGCCCGUAAGAUUGCUGUGGAUUGUGAGCAACUGGCACUACAUAUGAUAGCAGAGCAUCGGUUUUCUGCCACCGUGGAUAGCAUCACAGCUGAAGAACUUAUGCCUCAAACAAUUGCAGCUAAAGUGAAAGCAAGGGUAGAGGAAGCUUGUGCAGUUUUUAUAAACCUUGACUCCUAUGAUAGUAUUGAUAAAUGUGACAAUGUGCAGUAUAACCAUAUAUUUGAAUGUUUUCAUUGUUUUUUUAAAACUGCUGUUCUUAAAGAUCUCUAUUUUCACAACCGCAAAAUGCACCAGAAAACUAUACUUCUUUGCAUUAUGUGUAAAUCUAAUUUUUAUACUUAUAGUGAGUUAAUAUGUCAUUUAUGUCCAGGAACCUAUGAUUCUGAGUAUGAAAAUAGGUUUAGAUGUUGCUUAUGUAAUGUAGAUACUAUAUCAUCAUCCUUUAGGUUAAUGGUACAUCUAAGGAAAAUUCACCACACUUGUGAUGUUUGUUUAGAAUUUUGCCAAAGUCAAGCUCGUUUGUCAAACCAUGUUUGGAAACAUAAACUGCACCACCUGUGCUACCGUUGUGGUAUCGCAUACAGAAAUAAACCUGAUAUCACAAAUCAUCUGUUCUGGAAGCAUGGGACGGAAAGUGUGUUGUGUAAAAAGUGCCUUCAGAAAAAGUGGCCGCAUGUCUAUCAUUUUUGUACGCCUCCAGCUAUAUUUGUUUGUGAGGAAUGUAGCUUACAAUUUACAAGAGCUGUAUAUCUCAAAGUACAUAAAAGAUUUCAUUCUGAAGAGUAUCCGCACGCAUGUACCGAAGAAAACUGUACUGAAAAAUUUGUUUCUAAAAAAUUGUUAGCAAAACAUAUGGAAGAACAUAAAAAGAAAUUACUUGGUGAAAACUUAAGUGAAGAGAAAUUGUCAAGUGAUAUACCUAUUGAAGUAACCAAGGAGCCUAUGCCAGUUGUUGAUUUAAUUGAUGAAAUACCUAAGGAGGAAUCAGGAUCUUCUGAGAUAAAAACAGAGGCUGCAACAGGGCAGGUUUCCAAGAAAGCUAAAAAGAAAAAAUUAAAAGACAAAGAUGCAUUAUUAUUAGAUGUAAAUUUGCCAGCAUUAAACCUUUCUGAAAGUGAUAGUAGUGAUGAAUCUGAUAGUGGCAUUCCACCAUCAAUAAAAGAAGAAGUAACAACAGAUAAAUUGGAUGAAGAAUCGCAAGAGGAAAAACCUGUUAUCACUGACACAAAAGACACUAUAAUCCCUGAUGCUGCACCACUGUCUAAAAUUGAACGAGAAUCAGAACCACCGGAAGAAGAAAAGCCUGACGAAAAACAAGUUUUAGAGAUAUGGGACAAUUUUAAAAAAUAUCAAGCUAAAGUUGAGAAACUAAAAGAAAAGACACCUCCCUUAGUUCCUAUUAGAAAACAUGUAUGUGAGUCUGAUCACGACUAUUGUUUGAUACCGAUGGAUAUGAAUGGCGAUGAAGACAUUUUUGAUUCAGAAAAGAAAAAAAUUAAAAAAUCGCCUAAGAAGAAGCACGGCGGCUUAUCGUCAUCUAGUAGUAGCAGUAGUGAUAGUGACUCGAGUUGUUCGUGCGGCUCCAACUGCAGUUGUUCUUCUAGCAGCGGAUCUUCGUCAUCCAGUUCAUCAGAUUCAGAUUCAUCAGACGAGUCAGGCAAUGAAAAGAAAAAGAAUAAACAAUUAAAGAAAUUACCAAACAGACGAAUCACGGAGAGUGACUUGGAAACCGAAGAGAGUGAAACAGAUGAGGAAUUUUAUGAUGAGAAUCCACAACGAAUUGCAAAUAAAUUGUAUGCUGAAAAGCGUAACCAACUUAUGCUUUUAGCUUCAGUAGCACCAUCUGACGGUGGCUCUAUGUCAGGAGAUGUUAGUCGUGCCACCACACCAAUCAAGGAGGAAACAAAACCGAAAGAAGAAGCGAGUGCAGGUAAUGAACAACACGGAAAUGAUACUAAAGAGAAAACUAGUAGUAGUAGUAAAAAGCGAAGUAAAAAGAAAAAGAGAUCAAAGAGUUCUAAGAAGCAUGCACCCAUUAAAAUUAACAUUUCCAAAGAUGUAAUCACUAAGCCAGAAGUGGAAGCUUCGCCGCCACUUUUUCCGAAUAAAAUUACAAUAUCAUUACAGUCCAACACAGUUCAAAUUCCGGAAGUGCCGAAGGCAUCGCUUGCGGUCCCUAGUAACACGUCCACGCCCAAGGCUGCACCCCUUGAAAAGAAACGCGCUUCAAAGCGAAGACGCGUCCCCAAUAAAUUUUAUGGUUACUCAAGUGAUGAAGAGUCGUCGCAAACGACCGCUGCUUUUAAACCCCAACUACCUCCGAAACUAGAGUGGAGAAAAGAAGAUUUACCUUCUCCUGUGACACACAAGACGAAGAAAGAAAUACCUUCCUCUGUUAUUCCACAAAGAACAUUCAAUUAUACAGAUACUAUUAGGUUAACUGCGCCCAUCCCAGAUCCAGAACCGCCGCGAAUCUUAAUGAACUCUGAGUCGAUGGAAUCAAGUGAUUCUGACACCAGUGAUGAGGGAGCUUUAGAGAUAUAUCAACCUAACAGCGUCCAGAACUCCAUACCUGUUCCGCCGCCGACUUACCUUAAUUCUGGUACAUCUAGUCUGCCGUACCAGUUCCAGAGGCCUGCUGUACGUGAGGCGCGUGAAGGGGAAAGUGUUUAUUGCUACUGCCGAUGUCCUUAUGACGAGGUGUCAGAAAUGAUAGCAUGCGAUGCCGAGGGAUGUCCAAUCGAGUGGUUUCACUUUGAGUGCGUUGGUAUCAUGGUUCCGCCUAAAGGCAAAUGGUACUGUCCUGAGUGUAGGAAAAAUCAAAGUAUUGCAGGUUUCAGAUAA